CUCUCCCUUUUCUUUUUUUCAGAGCAGAAACGACUCUCUUGGGACCAUUUAUUAGCAAGACAUACCAACACUGUGACCUAUGCCGGUACCACCACCACCACCGCCUCCUUUGCCUCCACCUCCUCCUCCCCUGGCAGCCCCUCCCCCGCCAUCAGCACCCCCGGUUAGCACAGACACUUCCAGUUUGAGAAAGGCAGAUCCAAAAGGUCGGAGUGCGCUGUUGGCUGAUAUUCAGCAAGGAACCCGCCUGCGAAAAGUCACGCAGAUCAAUGACCGCAGUGCCCCACACAUUGAAAGUUCCAAGGGAACCAGCAAAGAAGGCGGAGGCUCUGUGAACUCCCGAGGAGGAAGCACACCGCCAGCCCUGGGAGAUCUCUUUGCUGGUGGCUUUCCUGUGUUACGACCAGCAGGCCAGAGGGAUGUUACAGGUGGCAAAGCAGGGCAGGGCCCUGGCUCGCGCGCGCCUUCUCCCAGGCUGCCCACCAAAGCGCUCGGCGGCGCGCUGAACCCGCCUGCGUCUCCCAGGCUGGGCACCGCCUCCGAGGGGCCCGCAGCCCCACGCACAGUCCCUCCGCGACCCAGCGUUCCCGCCCCGCCGCCGCCGCCGCCCCUGCCUCCGCCUCUGCCCCCUUCAUCCCCCAGCAAAGCCCCGCUUAGGGCUUCUGCACCAGCGCCCCCGCUCCCAGGCGCUAACGGCAGCACCGAGGCCCCUCCUCCGCUGCCCCCCAAGUCCCCCAGCUUCCAGGCUCUGCCGCAGAAGGCGGGCGUGCAAGCCUUGUCCGCGCCGCCCGGCCCUCCGGGGUCGCAGCCGCUCGCGCAGAAGAAGAGGCUUGGCCGGGGCCCAGGGACCAGUGGAGGAAAACUAAAUCCACCUCCAGCACCUCCUGCAAGAUCCCCCACCACAGAGCUUUCCAGCAAGAGCCAGCAGGCCCCAGCCUGGACCCCGACCCCACAGCCUGGAGGCCAGCUGCGAAACGGAAGCCUGCACAUCAUCGACGACUUCGAGUCUAAGUUCACGUUCCAUUCUGUGGAAGACUUUCCCCCUCCAGAUGAAUACAAACCAUGCCAGAAGAUUUACCCCAGCAAGAUCCCCAGAAGCCGCACUCCCGGUCCCUGGCUCCAGGCCGAGGCAGCAGGGCAGAGCUCCGAUGACAUCAAAAGCAGAAAUUCUCAGUUAGCCCUAAAGACGCUCCGGUGAGACGACGAUGAAGCCACAGUCCCGGAGCCCCACAUGGCAAGAUGGUACCUCCUGAAGAACGUGUCUGACUCUACUGUACUCAAGCUAUAUUCAGUUGACAUACAGGCUCUGACAGAGCACUUAUUGAUUGUAAAUAUAUGGUUUGCACGGGCUUUAAAGCAGCAUUUUAGUUAACUUUUGAGUAAUAUUUUUUAAAACACCAUUUCUCCUUUUUUAAAAUGCAUCGUGGUAUUAGUCUGUCUGUACAAAUAGAGCCCUGUCCCACCCCAUAGUGUCUAUUCUGUGACUGUAAAUAAGCUUGCAGGCUGGCCCUUCCUAGAUUCUGAACCAUUUUUAAGAGCGUCCUUAGUUUGCAGGUAGUCCCAAAGUCCUAAGUAUCCACCAUGGCUUCUUAUUGGCAUGACUUUAUAGUCUCAUUGCACCAACUACAAAAUCAAACCAAAUAAUGCCUUAUAAUGAUGCAGCUCAGAGGAAGUAAUGUGUCCCCACACCCCGACAGCGCCGCGCAGCCUCCAGUGAGUGAGAUGCCACAUCUCGCUUCCACUUUGCAGUACAGGGAUGUCUUUUUGCUGCCUAAUGUAAAUAUAUUGCAAUGUCCAGGCAGGAGUGGGCUCGGCCCCUCCCGAGCCUUCCGCAGGGCCCCUUUUGUAACUGAAUUAUUUUACAAGUAGCCAAUGCUCUUACUGUUUACAGUGUUCCUAGUGUCCACGUCUCUGUCACUUUCCUCCUGUCCCUCCAAGUUCCUAACCCUAUCCCAGUAGUUAGGAUAAGGUCAGCUAUAUGAGAUUUUGGUAUUUUAGUAUCCUGCAGGUUAAGUAAUAUACACAAUUCAUGAUUAUAGCAAACUACAGAUUCUGUCUCAGAGGUCUCCCCCUCCCCAUCCUCACCCUGAGUGCAGGAUUUCCAUGGAAAAUAUGACAUGAAAAAGUAUUAAAACAAAACAUCUUGUAAAAUAUGUGCCU